CGGAGAAGCCGAUCGUCGAACCUGGGUGCGCGACAAGCGUUGUCGGAGGAUAUAAUGGGAGAAGGCGUAGCAUCGUCGAGGGGCGGAUCAAGCCUUGCAAACGCGUCGGCCGAAAGCGUAUCGCGACUUCCUCACGCGCAAACCGCCGUAAUCCUGUCGCGUUUCCAAGCGUUCCCAAGCGGAAGCCGAAACCCUCGUAGCGGACCGAGGAGAACAACGUCAAUCUAUACCUGGGAUAUUCCCGAGUUUACCCCACGUUUCUCCGUCACGCGAUUUUCAUGGGGGUGAAGAGGCUGCGGUGCGCAUGGAAUAAGCGUAGAAUUAGCGUCGAGAAGCGUCCAAAUGCCGGGGGGGGGUGUUGGACCCUGAACAGCGAUGGCGACUCUACCAGUAUCGAAGGUAGCACAGAAGACGAUUUAGCGUACCCGCGAGAAAAACGGAUUUCCAGAGAUUUCCGAAGCAACCGACUAUCCUCCUUGACGAUGAUUCUGGCACCGGGUGCGAGGAGUCAUUGAAUUGAUAGAUUCCCGGGCUCAACGGUAGACGGUGGAAAGAGAGUCAACCGGAGAGAAGAGACGUUUCCGGAAGCCGUAUUUCAGGCGAACUUGAACGCAUACAGGCAGAACGUCGGCGGAACGGUUGGAGGCGAACGGGACGCCUGAGGCUCGGUGCAAGUCGUAUACGCUCGUGUCACUCUCGUGUCCAUUCCCUGAGCGAUAUCACAUGAUCGGUAAUGAGUGCAGAGUGUGGUAGAGUGCGUC